GAAGGAACAGGACGGCUUGAGGACAUUUGACUUGUGAACCUAUUGCUAUUGUAUUUGGACUUGUCGUCUUUAUUAUUUUUUAAGGAUUCUUUUUAAUCCUCAAUUUUUGUUAAAACCUUAAUAAAUCCGGUUUGUACUUUGUACACUUCGACCCAAACUCCUGGUCUCUCUCUCGUGGUCUCUGAAGGUAUCUGCUUGGUCUUAGAGUGAGGAAGUGGUCACAGUGUCAGGCUGGAGCUGGACAAUAUCAUGAAGGAAUCAUCUUUUAAAGGAAGAACAUGUUUCACCAUCGUUCUCCUUCUGCUCAUGGCUUUCUUAAUAUUCUUCCAGCUUAACAUAUGGGACACAUUGUUUCAGCCUAAAAUGAGCUCCACCAUCUUCUACUCGAAAGCUACUACUGAAGUCCGCAGCAUCUGCAACUUCCCACCAUUGUCCCCUAAGGAUGCUCUGGAGGAACGCCUGCUACUAGAAUCUGUUGCUUGGCCUGAAACUCCUGCAUUGCAAUCUCCUCUUUCCCUGGAGCUGACCAGUGAUCCAGCUCACAGCUCUUUCACCAUUCUCCCAGCGAGAGGAGGAGGACAGUGGCACGUAGGGGAUCAGCUGGAAGUUAGCAUCAGCAUCUCUGACUUCAAGGGACAACCCAAGAAGUCUGGGGGGGACUUUUUAUUUGCCCGGCUGCACACCCUAAGGCUUGGUGCAGGUGUAGCUGGGAAAGUGGUGGACCAUCUCAAUGGGAGCUACUCUGCUGUCUUUCCUUUACUCUGGGAAGGAGCAGCUCAGGUUGAGGUGACGCUAGUUCAUCCCAGUGAAGCUAUCACAGUGCUGAACAGGUUGACGAGUGAACAACCUGACAGGGUAUUUUUCAUAAGCCUCUUUCUCUCAGGCUCAAGCUCUGAAACCACCAUCUGUAACAUCUGCCUGCGUCAAACCAAGCAGCCAAUCUGCGACUUCACCGACCCUCGAACCGGCGACCCUUGGUUCUGCUACAAGCCAAAGAACAUGAGCUGUGAUGCAAGGAUCGCCCACAGCAGUGUAGGAUACAAACAAACGCUCAAGGCCAAGGAGGAUGAGCUCUUUCAAGGUCGUGUCAACUUGAAAGUCAGCAUUCCGGCUUCAGGACCUGCCGGUGUCACUGUUUUACCAAAAAAGGAAGGUCAACCAGAGGUGGAGAGCAGCAUUGUGAACUUUCAAGCCUCUGGCUAUUACUACCAGGGUUUAUGGCGAGCACUAGAUGGCACCAAAGUUCGCCAAUUCACCGGCGCAUCUGCCAUCACUCAGUGUCUAAAAGACAAAGUGGUCCACCUGUAUGGAGACUCUACCAUCAGGCAGUGGUUUGAGUUCCUCAACGCAGCACUACCAGAUCUUAAGGAGUCUAACCUGGGCAGCUCGAGGCAAAAUGGACCUUUCCUGGCCUUAGACUAUGAAAACAAAAUCAUGGUGACUUUCCGCCUCCAUGGUCCUCCUCUCCGUUUUAUUGGCUCAAAUGAAGAAAUUCGUUACAUAGCCAAUGAACUAGAUGACUUAAUCGGGGCUCCCAACACUGUUGUCGUUUUUGGCAUCUGGGCUCACUUUGGUUCUUUCCCCAUCGAGGUGUACAUCCGGCGGCUACAAAGGAUCCGCAGUGCGGUGGUACGGCUGUUGGACAGGGCUCCAAAAACGGUGAUCAUCAUCAGGACUGCAAACCCCAAAGCUUUGUGGCUUGAUGUGGUGAUAAACAACAGUGACUGGUUCUCGGUGCAGUGUGAUAAGGUGCUAAGAGCCAUAUUUAAAGGACUGAAUGUUCAUCUGAUUGAUGCCUGGGAGAUGGUCCUUGCUCACCACCUGCCAAACAGCCUCCACCCACAACCUCCUAUUAUUAAGAAUAUGAUGGAUGUUCUCUUCUCCUACACAUGUCCUCUAAAGGGCGGCUAGAUAAUAAUAAUAAAACAUUUUAUUUAUCAAGCACUUAUUCAACAAUUACGCCAAUUGUAGUGUAUAUCAUAUUCUUUGCAAGCUUUUGCGGGCCACAUAAAAUGAGGUCGUGGACCAAUUUUGGCCUGCGGGCCUUGAUUUUGACACCCCUGGUCUAAACAAUACAUUGAUGUUUUCAAAUGUUUUUUUUUAAAUGAAACUCAGCGCAAGUUCUUUCAGGAAGACCGGGUAUAUCAGAGGUCGCGUUAACCGAAUAUUUUCCGUCUAUGACGGAAUUUUUCCAAGAAUGACGGAAAAAUCUGAAAGCAGUCCGUCAUUUUGACAGAUUAGAACACAACUCGGAACAGCGCCAAAAUGUCCACCAGCGGCCCACAUUAUAUUACAUCCUUAGUGGCCAGGUCGACUGAGGGAGAAUGUCUAUAAAUAUAUAUAGAUACAUUUUCAUAACAAAACAAUGGGGUUGCUAAGCCGUUGCUAGGCCAAUUGUUGGAGUUGCUAUAGCAACUCCAAGCUACCCCCUGGCGCCGCCCCUGCCUCGUUGUUUAACCGGCUUUAGCAAUCGCAAAAUGUCACUGAGUGUCCGAAGCUUUUUUAAUAAGCCCAGUAAUUGUGAUGGUGUGAAUAAACGAGGUGAAAAAAGAGGGAUUGAUGCAGUGGAGGACGAAGGACAAGCCAGUAAGACUAAAACUGACAACGUUCAGCUAGCCAAAAAGUUUGCCCUUCCCCUGCCCUAUAUGCUCACGGCUGCAUUUCCCCCUUUAGAUAUACGAUUUCAGGAUCGGGGUCUAAUCACCAAAGACUUAACACUUAUCAUAUGGCAUGUGUCAAGUUGAGAGAUAUAACAAAUUAUAAUACCAGCCUUAAUAUUAAAUUAUAUCCAACUCAACUUCAAAAGUCAUACUGUAUAUUCAUAAAAAUAUACCUCAGAAGAUUUGAAUGUGUUUUUUAAGGAACAGAAACCGGUUAUUUUGAUGAUGGUAGGAUGUUUAUCAAAGUAUUGCUGUAACACUGUUAAUGUAUUACACAUAAACAAGAUGCUGUUUUGUCAUCAGAAUUGGGUUCUGGUCUGGUUCAGUGUCUCUGGUUCCUCUGUAGGUCUGAGAGUCUCUCCUGACGACAGAAACUGAAUGCAGAACAGCUGCUGAAAUCAGUUCAGUGUGUUCACCAUCACACACACAUCUGUCUCAAACUCAGACACAAUACAUUUUUCUGAUUCCAUCCAUAUGGCUAACAUCAUACUUACAAAUAAAUAACAUUUCUCCAUUUACAUUUGCUUGUUCUAUAUUUAGCUGUCUUGUGUAGGUUCAGAGAAACGUGUGAUGUUCUUCGGGGUAACGGUGUGUUUCCUCUGGUCUCCUGUGGUGCCUUGUAUCCUCUUUGAGCAGCGUCAGUGUUUGCUGCCAUAAACUGAUUCUGAAUCCAGUUUGAAGCCACAUGUUUACCAUAUGCAGUGUGGUAUAAAAUAAUCAGAAAUACUUUCUUUGUUUUGAUUCAAAAGAUGACGUAUUGUUUUUAUAAUGGUACGAGACAUCUGAAAACCAAUUGCCUUCUUUAGCUUCCUCUUGAAUAAUACUGUAAUGUUAUAAAUAUAAAACUGAUCUUUUUCUUCUAAUGUUUCAAAUUAUUUUGAAUAAAAUAUUUUCUUUUUAUUCUGA